AUGUCGAUAAGAUCUGCAGCUGGUAGUCGAGCUGGUAGUCGAGCUAGUAGGAGACCUGUCUCGGUCCACCAUGCAGUCGCGCCUCGCCCACCUAGUUCUGCAUCCUUUAUUUCGUCAAGAUCUAGGCCUGAAUCAAUUCAUCUUGGGCCAAUUGAUGUCGAGUCGGAUUCGCAUGGCGCUAGAUUAUCCGACGGUGGCAGCAAAAUUAGGGAAGAACAUCGCUCUACUGGCCCUCGUACAUCUACUCACCAUCUGCCGCAUGACGUGUUUGAGAGGAUAAGUUCACAUAUGCAACAUCUGGAAGACAAUUUAGCACAUACACGUCAAGAAUGGGGUGAUGGAGAAAUUGAUCCUGAUGAUAUGCUAUCGAGGAUUGCAAACUACAGGCGGGGAUUAGAUAUGGUUGCCUCUCCAGAUGCAUGUAGGAAUCCUUCGUUGAAGCUUAGGUUUGAUGGGGUAGAUGACACGUUGAAAGAAUUGGAAGAAGAGGCAAAUGCUCGGAAGACGCGGCAGGAGGAAGGAAUGGAGAUGACUAGGAAGGUCGCUGAGAGAAGGGAGAAUGGGAAGAGAGAGGAAUUGGAAAGGAACCAAUUUUUGAUGCAGCAAAAAGCUGAGAAGGAAAGAAUCAGAAGUGAGAAGGAGGCAAAGAAGAGGGAAAAGGCUGAAGAGGAGAAGCAGAGAAGGAUUUUACAGGAAAAGAAGAGAAAAGAGCAGAGUAUUAGAGCGGCAGCGGCUUUUAAGGAAAGGGAGAGGUUGGCAAAAUUAGAAAAAGAGAGGAAGGAAGAGGAGCGAAUUGAAGAGGAAAAGAACGCAUUCGAAACAAGGAAAAAGAGAGAGAAAGCGGCAAGAGAUCGAGAUAUGCAACGGAAGAUAGCUGAUAAACAAGCAAGAAAAGCGGAGGAAGAGGCACGAUAUCAAAAGAAGUUUACAGAAGAAGAGACGAGGUACGUGGCGAAAAAAACUCAUCAGAAAAUGGCGAAAGCAGAAUUGAGUGGUAGGGAGGAAGAGAGUAGGAAGAGAGCGAGAGAAAGGGCAGUGGCGUUUGCUAAGAAGGUGAAGGAUGAUCGGGGGAAGAAAUUGGAGAGGAAAUUGGAGAAGUUGGAGAAAGAGAUAUCGGACGUUGAGGAGAAGUUGAAUCAUGUUGCUGAUGAUUAG